GCCCCGCGAUUAUUAGAAGUAGAACACUAGUUAGAACAUCGACAACAAAAGCAAAUCACAAAAGAACUAGACCAAGACAAAGAAGUACAACUCCAACUUCAACUCCAAGAUUGAAGUGUCGUGUCGUGUCUUAUCGGAGCUCAUCAUUGAGCUCGAUGGCCAUAGUCUCCACCUCAUCCCUUCGCCCUCUUCACCAAUCUUCUUCAUUCCCUAAAUGCCCCAACUUUUCUCAUUAUUCCCGAUUUCGUCCCCGCCUCCACUUUUCCUCUCUCCGCCUCUCCUCCUCCGCCAUUCGUGCCACCGCAGCGGUUGCCGUAGAACCGGAUUUAGGCACACUGCAGAAUCAGAAAUUAGAAGUAGAUUUGUUUGCUUGCCCUGUAUGUUAUGAACCACUGAUAAGAAAAGGCCCUCCAGGUUUUAACUUGCCAGCAAUCUACAGGUCUGGCUUCAAGUGUAAACGAUGCAAUAAAUCAUACUCCAGCAAAGACAUAUAUCUGGAUCUCACGAUUACUGCUGGUUUGAGGGAGUACUCUGAAGUCAAACCAACUGGGACUGAGCUAUUCCGGAGUCCACUUGUGUCAUUCUUGUAUGAAAGAGGCUGGCGUCAGAAUUUUAACCAAAGUGGUUUCCCUGGGCCUGAUGAAGAGUUCAAUAUGGCUCAAGAUUACUUUAAGUCUGCUGAAGGAGGUCUUCUGGUAGAUGUUAGCUGUGGGAGUGGUUUGUUUUCCAGAAAGUUUGCCAAAUCUGGGACCUAUUCUAGAGUUAUCGCACUUGAUUUUUCUGAAAAUAUGCUUCGCCAAUGUUAUGAUUUCAUUAAGAGUGAUGAUACUCUUUUAACUACUAAUCUUGCUCUUGUAAGGGCAGAUGUUUCUAGACUUCCCUUCUCAUCAGGUUCAGUUGAUGCUGUUCAUGCUGGUGCAGCCUUGCAUUGCUGGCCAUCUCCUUCGAAUGCUAUUGCGGAAAUCACUCGCAUAUUGCGAAGUGGUGGUGUCUUUGUAGGAACCACUUUUCUGCGAUACAAUUCAUCUACUCCUUGGAUAAUACGUACUUUGAGGGAGAGUUCUCGGCAGAACUAUAUCUACUUGACAGAGGAAGAGAUCAAGGACGUGUGCACAUCAUGUGGUCUUACAAACUACUCAAGCAAAGUUCAGCAAUAUUUCAUCAUGUUUUCUGCUCAGAAGCCAUGACAUUAGGUUUGAUCUAUUUGUAAUAUCAUUUAUCCAUACCCGUCUUUAUUUUGUUCCUUUGUUGAUAUUUUUGUACAAUGUAUAUAAUCUGCCCAUUACGUUGUAGAUAAACUAGCCUGAAAAGGUGCUGAUGACAUGGGGCAGAUGUACAGUAUUACAAUUGGUGAAAAGUAUAGUUAAGUGUGUAAUUUAGAAAAAAUAAAAUAAAAUAACUGUGGUAAUGGUCUGA